GUGUUUGUGAAUACACAUCAAUACUGUGUAACAUUAUAAACAGUUCGUGUUACUCGAUGCAAUUUUGAUACAUUAUAGCAAGAAUUGUAAUACUUUAUUAUAAAUGUACAAACGUCACUAUGGGUCGUUACACAGGAAAGAAAUGUCGUUUAUUAACGAUGUUAUGGCUCACUGCGCUAUUUUUCUUAGUAGAAAUAGUAGUGGGCUAUGUAACUAACUGUAUGGCUUUAAUAGCUGACAGUUUCCAUAUGUUAUCCGAUGUGGUAGCUUUGGCUGUUGCAUUUCUUUCUGUAAAGAUGUCACCAAAGAAAUGGUCCAAGAAUACGUUUGGUUGGGCCAGAGCUGAAGUUUUAGGAGCUUUGGUAAACGCCGUUUUUUUAGUCGCAUUGUGUUUCGGUAUUACCGUGGAAGCGUGUAAAAGAUUUAUCGAAGUAGAAGAAAUACACGAAGCAAAAUUGCUUGUGGCGAUUGGAGCACUUGGCUUACUAGUGAAUGUUAUCGGACUGUGUUUGUUUCAUGAUCAUAGAAGUUCUCACGCACAUUCACAUGGCAUAUCUCGAAGUCAUAACCGAUUGAGUGCUCUAGUAGGAACGGAUGACAAUGAAAAUAAUGAAACUUAUAGGCCAUCUACGCCUCAAGUGAAGAGGACAUAUGGUCACACACAUGAUGCAAGCCAAAUGAAUAUGCGCGGUGUAUUUCUUCAUGUGUUCUCGGAUGCACUAGGAUCUGUGAUUGUAAUAGUAUCUGCUUUAAUUGUUUGGUUGACGAAGUGGGAAUACAGAUUUUACAUUGAUCCAGCUCUCUCGCUUUUAUUAGUUAUUCUUAUUCUACGAUCAGUAUGGCCAUUACUACAAGAAUCAGCGCUAAUUUUACUACAGACUGUACCUACACAUAUCCAGGUCGAUGUCAUUCAACAGCGUCUGCUAGAAAACGUUGAUGGUGUUUUGGCUGUACAUGAAUUUCACGUAUGGCAAUUAGCUGGUGAUCGGAUUAUUGCUUCCGCACAUAUAAGAUGCAGAAACUUGUCAGAAUAUAUGAAAAUUGCAGAGCAAGUGAAAGAAUUUUUUCAUAACGAGGGUAUACAUUCUACAACGAUACAGCCAGAAUUUAUUGAUUAUCGCUCUAACAGUGACGUUAAGGAAACAACAACGGAAGAUUGUGUAUUGGAUUGUCCAAAGACUGACAAGCCUUGCAAUCAUGCAACAUGCUGUGGCCCUUCUAAACAAGGUCGUGAAACUCCUUCACCAGAGGAAACACCAUACUUGUGCAGACAACGUAACAGCCUUGUACGUUCCACUGGUUCAAUGGGUGGGGCCGAACAACAGGAAUUAAAUGAAAUGGAACGCGGACAUUUGUUAUCACUACCCGCUUCGCAUCUUUCCGUCCAACUUCCACAUUCUCAUGUUAAUACAUCGGUUGUCUAAGUUAUCAUCGUAUUAUCGAAUAUCUACCUCUGUAACACAAUCUGCGGCGCAUUACAAUGUUAUUAUAAAAAUUCAAUAAAGUAAUA